AUGGCUUUCGUAAACCGGGUCCAUCUGGCUGCACCAUCUCCGUUGACCAGAGCAUGCCGGCAAAGCCCCGAGGCGCCACACGCUCGAAUCCCACCACCACCCGCUUCGGAGUUCACGCCACCCCAACCGCGCCGCCGCGACUCCCCGGAAGCCAGAAGGCCAGAGCCCGAGCGCGUGCCAUCCGUGAUGCGGUGCGCCUUUGAUCCGCAUCGUGCGGAGACAUGCAACGCUCGCGCUCAAACACGGGGUGGGGAUCGAGUCCAUUCCACGCCGUGGAGAGAAAUCCCAGCCGGGCCGCACCGCGAUGCAGGCGCGGGUGGUGGAAUCCAUGGAGGACGCGAAGCAGGCCGUCCCGCCGGAGCCGCGCAGGGUCCUCCCGGCGGCGGGGAUGCUCAAGCUGUCCCUGGGGUUCCUGCUGCUCGGCGUCGGGGUGGGGCUGCCCGCGAUCGGCCUGUUCCUGGCGCGUCACUCCGAGGCGGUGGCGGCCGCCGCGCCCGCCCUGUUCCGGCCGUGCGUAGGGGCGCCGGAGGAGGAGGAGGCGCUGGAGCGGUGGAUCCGGCCCCCCGCCCGCGCGCGCCACGCCAUGGCGGACGAGGAGCUGCUCUGGCUCGCGUCGUUCGCGCCGCGGGCGCGCGGCCGGAGCGGCGGGUACCCGUUCCGGCGCGUGCCCAAGGUGGCCUUCAUGUUCCUAGCGCACGGCCCGCUGCCGCUGGCGCCGCUCUGGGAGCGCUUCUUCCGGGCGAACGAGGGCCGCUACUCCAUCUACGUCCACACGAUGCCUUUGUACCGCGCCAACUUUACCUCCGACUCCGUCUUCUACCGCCGCCAAAUCCCCAGCAAGAAUGUGGAAUGGGGUCAGAUGACUAUGUGUGACGCUGAGAGACGUCUGCUUGCCAAUGCAUUGCUGGAUAUAUCCAACGAAUGGUUUGUGCUAGUGUCCGAGUCAUGCAUUCCUCUAUUUGAUUUCAACACAACUUACCAAUACUUCCAGAAUUCAAGCCAAAGCUUUGUCAUGUCGAUUGAUGAUCCCGGAAGAGAUGGACGGGGCCGGUACAAUUUAAACAUGGCCCCCGAGGUCGAGCUUGAACAAUGGCGCAAGGGCUGGCAGUGGUUUCAGGUCGACAGAGAGCUUGCCGUUGCGAUAGUCGGGGACACGGUCUAUUAUCCCAAGUUCAAGGAGUUCUGCAGGCCUGGGUGUUAUGCUGACGAGCACUACAUCCAAACGAUGCUCACCAUUGAGGCUACUCAUCGCCUUGCCAACAGGACGGUUACCUGGGUGGAUUGGUCAAGAGGCGGUCCAAACGCAGCGCAUCCAGCCACGUUUGGUAGAGGUGAUAUCACGGAGGAGUUCUUGAGGGGGAUUCGAGAGGGAGGGGCUUGUAUGUACAAUGACCGGAACUCGACGAUGUGCUUCUUGUUCGCUCGGAAGUUUGCUCCAAGCGCGUUGGAGCCAUUGUUAGAAUUAGCACCCACAGUGCUCGGUUUUGGUUAAUAUAGUUUUUAUAUAUGUUGUAAUCAGUGCCUCCUGUAAUUCUCUAUUAGGUCACUGUGGAUUACUACAUUGUUGGAGAUACGUCGGUGGACGAAUUCACGAAAUCAUGAACGCUGGCCAAUUCCACUUGAUUGUUUUA